UGGUUGGCACGCCAGCCCCUGGUGGAUCGUUGCGCUCCUGGCCGGAGAGCUUGGUGGCUCCCGCUCCCACCUGGCCCACCGCGCUCCCCCCAACCUGUGCCUGCUGUGCGUCUCCCCAGCCAACAGGACUGGCCUUUUAAAAGUGAGCCAGAGCGGAUCCUUUCAAGCUGCAGCCCUUUUCAGAGCUGAGGGAGCAUGAGCCAUUUGCAGAACUUACUGUUAGAUACCCUCCUGGGAACGAAGCAUGUGGACAGUGCAGCCCUCAUCAAACUCCAGGAGCGCACCCUGUGUGUAGCAUCACCAGGAUUUAGUGUCAUGCCCAAUGAUGUCAAAACACUUGUGAAUGGAUAUGCCAAGAACCCUUUGCAAACCAGAAGAGAAGGACUGUAUUUCAAGGAAAAGGACUACAAAUGUGUCCGGGCAGAUGAUUAUUCUCUUUAUGCUAAGAAUGAAAACACUGGUGUGGUUGUUGUGAAGACCCAGCUGUAUCUUCUGGUGGCAACUUACACUGAGGGCAUGUGUCCUAGUAUCUGUGUGGAAGCCACAGAGAAGCUGGGUAACAUGUUAGCUGUGCACUUUGACAAGCCGGGAGGACCAGAAAACCUCUACUUGAAGGAGGUGGCCAAGCCAAGCCCAGGAGAGGGGGAAGUCCUCCUGAAGGUGGCGGCCAGCGCCCUGAACCGGGCAGACAUACUCCAGAGACAAGGCCAGUAUGCGCCACCACUAGGAGCCAGCAGCAUUUUGGGACUCGAGGCGUCUGGACACGUGGCAGAGCUGGGACCUGGCUGCCAGGGGCACUGGAAGAUUGGGGACCCAGCCAUGGCUCUGCUGCCCAGUGGGGGUCAGGCUCAAUAUGUCACUGUCCCUGAAGGGCUCCUCAUGCCCAUCCCAGCAGGACUGACCCUGCCCCAGGCAGCAGCCAUCCCAGAGACCUGGCUUACAGCCUUCCAGCUGUUACAUCUCAUAGGAAACGUUCAGGCUGGAGACUCUGUGCUAAUCCAUGCAGGAUUAAGUGGGGUGGGCACAGCUGCCAUCCAACUUGCCCGGAUGGCUGGAGCUAUUCCUCUGGUCACAGUUGGCUCCCAGGACAAGCUUCAAAUGGCAGAAAAACUUGGAGCAGCUGGUGGAUUCAAUUACAAAGAAGAGGAUUUUUCUGAAGCAACACUGAAAUUCACCAAAGGCACUGGAGUCAACCUUAUCAUAGAUUGCAUAGGAGGAUCCUACUGGGAGAAAAAUGUCAACUGCCUGGCUCUUGAUGGUCGCUGGGUUCUCUAUGGUCUGAUGGGAGGAGCUGACGUCAAUGGGCCUCUGUUUUCAAAGCUUCUUUUUAAACGAGGAAGUCUGAUCACCAGUCUGCUAAGAUCUAGGGACAAAAAGUACAAGGAAAUGCUGGUGAAGGCUUUCACGGAACAAAUUCUGCCCCACUUCUCCACAGAAGGGCCCCAAUGUCUAUUGCCGGUUCUAGACAGAGUCUACCCCCUGACGGAAAUCCAAGAGGCGCAUAAGUACAUGGAGAGUAACAAGCACAUGGGAAAAAUCGUCCUGGAAUUGCCCCAAUGAAGGUGGAAGAGGCAGUGAAACCAAGGGUCCUUACGGCUUUGAUUAAACCCUCGUCAAAUGAUCCCUGUAAAGCCGGCCUAAGAAACCAGUGGAGUCAAAGGGCGGCCGGCUCACUGUGGGCGGCCCCAGCGCGCCAACUGAGGCCACAGGGGUGGGGACGAGUUGGGCGGCGGGACCAGC